AUGGGAAGCUGCUGAUUGAGGAGGGAGCUCUGCAGACACAGGCUGGGGACCCAGGCACUGGGCAAGCGCAGAGGUGGAGCUUACGCAGGAUUUUUUGGUCAGUGUAAAAGCCUGAGACAGCUCAGUGCUAACCGCAGCGCCUGGGGAACAGGAAAGGGGCUGAGCAGAGAGCGGAGUGCAGUGCUGGCAAUGGGGAGGGCAGCCCCCAUCCUCCGCCUGCUCAGUGCAUCAGCCACCACCCGUGGCACCCAGGACACCUGUCCGGAGGUGAGAAUAGUGGGACUCGGUGAGGCAGACCGCUUUGCUCUUCUCCAAGGAUGCCCAGAGAUCCCGGGUGCAGCUGGCCCGAGGGGAGAAUCAGCUCUCAGGAACAAAAGAGGAGAAAUGGGAACCAAGGGACCCCCUGGGAAAGCAGGACCACCUGGUACAAAAGGAGAAGCUGGAGACCCUGGAUUGCCAGGACCAAAAGGAUUUGGCUUGAAAAGCAAACGUUGUUGCGGGAGAGGGAAGAACUGGAUGUGGUAUAAAAGCAAUAAAGCAAUCCACGGUGUUGUUUGCCCAACAGGAGCAAAAGGAGAGCCAGGAUUUUCAGAAGCUUUGGGUGAGUUUCGUCUUGGGCCUUUUGUGCCGCCAUCGGCAUUGUGGAAUGGGGCAAUGACGACAGCAGAAAAGCAGAAGCCCUGCACCAGAGCCAGGAACUGCCAAGAGCUGCUGGAUAAAGGGAAGAUCCUGAGUGGAUGGUACACCAUCCACCCCCAAGGCUGCAAUGCUACCUCUGUCUUCUGUGAUAUGGACACGGAUGGUGGAGGAUGAAUUGUUUUCCAGAGAUGCUUAGAUGGGUCAGUGAAUUUUUUGCGAGACUGGGAUUCAUACAAACAAGGAUUUGGCAACCAGCUGACGGAGUUCUGGCUGGGGAAUGACAGUCUCCACUUCCUCACCUCUCUGGGAACCUGUGAACUCCACGUUGACCUGAGAGACUUUGACAACAACUGCUAUUUUGAGAAGUAUGCUUCCUUCCCAGUUUUAGGAGAGUCUCCGAAAUACAAACUCCCCACAAAACUGGUUCUGGGAGACUUCUUUGGUGGGAAUGCUGGAAACUCCUUAUCAUACCACAGGGACACGUCGUUUUCAACAACAGACCAGGACAACGACAUUAGCUCCUUCAACUGCAAGGAAGGAGCCUACAAGGGAGCAUGGUGGUACAAUGACUGCCACUAUUCCAACCUCAGCAGCAUGUACUGGCUGGGUGUACAUGGGAGCUAUGCUGACGGCAUCAACUGGAAGACGGGCAAAGAAUACCAUUACUCCCAUAAGCGAACAGAAAUGAAAUUCAGGCCAAUUUAACAGGGCGAGAGGAUGUCUGACUGGCAAUGACAGGUGCCACUCAACAGCCAGCAUCACAGAAAACAUCACACUGUUGGAGAGUGAGAUCAGACCAAGGAUGUUGUAAAUUGUGCCUUGGGCCCAGAGGAGCUGUAGCCUUUAGAGACCAGAAGAGAACAGUACUGCUUUGAGCUUCUGUAAGCCCCAGCUUUAAUCCUGCUCUAUCUCCAGCAGCCCUACUAAGCUUGAGUGUGCUUUUUCUGAAAAGUGCAUUACUUUGAUGUAAAGACUUGAUGUAAAGGCCACCUUGGUGGUAAGGCUACUGCUUUUCAGUAAAACUCUCAGAUGGUAUUACCUUACAUGGCACAUACUGGUAUUUUUGUCUCUAAUCUAUGUAUACGAAACCUUCAGUGUUUCUGCAGCCUUUUUUCCUGUUGGAUCCAAGAGCUGUCUGACAGGCGCUGAAUUGACUUCCCCAUUGCCCACCAAAUCCCACAAUAAACCAGAAGGGCCCAGAGCCAGCUCCAGCCAUUCCACUGUUUUCAGGAUCUCACUCUUUAGGCACUGUGGAGCAAGAGCUGGAAAAAAAACAGUCUGUCCAGCAAGGUGUGUGGUACUAAGACACUACGGCAGUCCCAAGUCAAGCCUUGCAGAAGGAGACACCAUGUAAACCAGCUAAACCAAGUGCUAACUCUGCAUUACAGUGACACAUCAGUCAGUGGAAACAGAGUAUUUAUUUGUGAGUUCCGAAGGAUCCCAGAUUUAUCACACUUAGUGCACAAGUGUGUAGCAAGCUGAGCCCUGAGGUCAACUGUCCUGGGGCUGACCCAUCCCAGCUCCUCAUGCCCACACCACCACCAGUGCUGGGGGAGGUGGGUGGGACCUGGCUGGAGAAUGACACUCUCUUGCAUACCUCAGCCAGCGCAGUGAGUUGGCACUGCAGGCCCUCCUGCAAGGCAAGAAAGCACUCCCUGUGCUGAUACAGGUGUGUGGAGGAGAGGGUCCUCGGGGCUUGACGGCCCUCCCCAGACCCCAUAGUUACGGUAGUCACAGGGAAGGCUUGCACGGACUCCAGCCAGGAAGAACUGAAGCACUAAGGGAGAGGUCAAGAUCUAUCCCCCUGCAGAGACAUACAUCAUGUCCCAUAUACACUAUUCCACCUGGAUUUCUUCCAUAGUUAUUUGGGACAUAGUGAAGUUGAUGCAGUCUGGGGUACAGUGACCCUAAAGAAGCUGCACGGCAAAGGUGCUGCUGCUUGGAGUUGCAGGGAGGGAGCCGUGGUGAGGAGAAGGAAGCAGACCCCGAGCACAUAGGGCACUGCUGUA